AUGGACGACAAGAUUGUCACGAUCGAGUCUAACACCAACUCAGCUUCUUGGAUGAAGGUUUUCGCGACUAGCCAUCAUCUACCGACGACACAGAUACAACAGACAGAAGCACCCCUUAAGACCAUGACCACCUUGCAUUUGUGCGAGAAUGUGAUGACUUUCCUUGGCCGUGCCACCGAGGCGGAGCAUAACGCAUGGCUUCAGGUGCGAAGGUUGGUCAGCAAGGAGCAGUGCGAUUGGUUGUUCUCAGACGCAAGGGCUGGCAGCAGACUCAAAGCUCACAUGGCAGCUAUUGCUGAGUUUGAAGUGGCGUACAACCAGAGCAAGAAGCUUCAAAUCCGCGAUUUGGAGCAGCGUGCCAAAGUACAGAUCAAUCUGCUGUAA